CUGUGUGGCUCGUGUAUAAUGUGCUCUCUCAAUAUGUCCCGGAUGUAUAUGUUGUACUCCACAUGACACAUGAUACUGUAUCAAAUCUACUGCUGUAGGGCAAUCUGUGAGCAUCUACGGAAUACUGGACCAGUCUUAAAAUCCUCAACAUGAACGUGACGUUCGAGCCUCCAGCAAAUAUGUCCAACAGCCUGGCAAUUACAACUGGUACUCCUAAACUGCCUCCGUUGUUAUUAGUCAACAAUAUCAUCAAAGGAAAAUUUCUUCCUCUGACAGUUGUUCUAUGGUUUUACCUCCUCAUCGGUGUUUUUGGAAACAGUUUAGUGAUGUUUGUGUACUGGACACGUAAGAAACCCGUGCGAGAAGACCGGUACUUCAUUCCUUUGCUUGCGCUGGUGGAUCUUAUAUCGUGUGCUGUCUCGUCGGGAACAGGGAUAUACGCCCAGACGUACCCGCUGAUGUUCGACAGUAAUAUCGGAUGUAAAAUGGCAGCGUUUCUGGGUAUCCUGUUUGCCGGGAUAUCAGCCAAUUGCCUUCUCGUCAUUGCCGUUGACCGUUUCCUCAAGCUUUGCCGGCCCUUUGGUCGUCAAAUGACACUCCCCAUCAAGAAAAAUGCUAUCAUUGGUAUUUUUGUAAUUAGCUUAGCGUUUUCACUCCCUGCUCUCAGUAUUUACCGAACGGAGCAGGUUCCUAUGAAACUGAAAAGCGGUUAUACAAUUCAGACAUGGAAGUGUAUUGACACGAAAGACGAAGAACACGCCACAGGUCACAUUAUCUACAAAGUGUUUCUGUUUGUGAUGACUAUGAUAAGGUUCGUGGUUCUGUUCCUGUGUUACGGUAACAUUAUUUGGGUGAUAUUUCGGCAGAGAAAACAACGACUGAGGAUGGGAUCUGUCACGUCAUACACUAGUACCUCAUGCAGCAACGAUGCAGUCGAACACAUUAAAAUGAAUGUUCAUAACAGCAACGAAGGCAAGUCAGACGAAGAUACCAAGGAAACAAAAGAAAACGGAUUCGAAAAUGGGAUUAAUACUCCAAUUAUAGGAAUUAAGCCUCGCAAGCAAUACAUACCUGAUAGGCAGUAUCCCAAACGGAAACAGAGUGUGGUGUCAACGACGGGAUCAGUUGGACGCAGAGGAAGCGUUACAGACCGACAGGGUGUCCGUCUUACCAUCAUCUUUAUCCUCAUCACGUUCAUCUACAUCGUCACCUAUGGUCCUAAGGUGUGGCUCAUGGUAGAACAGUCACUCAACCGAGACUUCUGGUCAACGGUCCCUCAAGGUCAGCUACUCCUUUUCAGGUUUUUACACUCAUUCUACAUUUUCAACAACAUUGUAAAUCCGAUUGUGUAUGGAAUAAUGGACAGACGGUUCAGAGCGGAUUGUAAGAAACGUUUUACUAGAUGUAAAUAACUUGAACGAGUAAGCGGACACUCUCAUUUAUGUGCUAUAGAUUUGAAAGCAAUCAGCUUGAAUGCUUCAACACGGGUGUGCUUCAUGUCAAUUGUAAAUAAGUCAAUGAAGUACUUCAGAAUUUGAUAGCUAUCACGUGUAGCUGGUUGUAUCAAAAUUUUGAUAAUAUUAUGCUUUAUUCAAAACAGUAUCUUAUUACUGAGCAAUAAGGAGAAAUUUUAACCCUAUAUCUCAUAUAGGUAUUGAAGGGAAUUUAUGCAAAUAUACUUUGUUAUAUUUAUAUAUGCUUUUUAACAUUUCGAAUCAUAUAUGUAGUCCCAAUUUAAGGUCGUAUGUUCGGAUUAUCACACAAACCACGUGAUUGCCAUGUAUUUCGGACAAGUACAUUGUUCCUCCGUACAUUUAAUAACACUACUCUAAAUCUGAUCGAAUUUUGCCCGAAUUAGCCAAGCCUGGUGAAUUUAAUGUCAAUAUGUUUAAGUUCUGUGGUAAGAGUUUAUUGUGAAGAUCUGUUUGGAGAUAGACGCUAUAUAACCUCUUUUUCGCCAUAACUAUUCCUUUAAAGAGGAGUCAAUGAUUGAUGUAAACGUACUUUACCGUAUUGGCUACCGACCUUUUAAACUUAUCUGAAAAGGGGAAAUGUUUUAUCAACAGUUAAUGUAAAUUCAGGCUAAAUCAUAACGUUAUUUGAAAUGCAUAUGUAAAUGUGGUAUAAUUAAGAAUAUAAUGUCAACCCGAACGAUAUGAAAAAUAAAUUGUAUACUCCUUUGACAAUUGGUAAGGUAGCAGUGUACAGUAGCGUACGGUGACAGGGG